AUGGAAGAAGAUGAUAAUCUAAAAAAAGGGAAUGAAAGAAAUAAAAAGAAGGCUAUUUUUUCAAAUGAUGAUUUUACAGGAGAAGAUAGUUUAAUGGAGGAUCAUUUAGAACUUCGGGAAAAGCUUUCAGAAGAUAUUGAUAUGAUAAAGACGUCCUUAAAAAAUAAUUUAGUUUGUAGUACAUUAAACGAUAAUGAAAUAUUAACCCUGUCUAAUUAUAUGCAAUUUUUUGUUUUUAAAAGUGGAAAUUUAGUAAUAAAGCAAGGGGAAAAAGGGUCAUACUUUUUCAUUAUUAAUAGCGGUAAAUUUGAUGUUUAUGUAAAUGAUAAGAAAGUAAAAACCAUGGGAAAAGGUAGUUCUUUUGGUGAAGCUGCAUUAAUUCAUAAUACCCAAAGAAGUGCAACUAUAAUUGCUGAAACUGACGGAACUCUAUGGGGAGUUCAAAGAAGUACAUUUAGAGCUACCCUAAAACAAUUAUCUAAUAGAAAUUUUAAUGAGAACAGAACAUUUAUCGAUUCUGUUUCAGUUUUUGAUAUGUUAACUGAGGCACAAAAAAACAUGAUUACUAAUGCUUGUGUAAUACAAAACUUUAAAUCUGGUGAAACCAUUGUUAAACAAGGGGAUUAUGGAGAUGUCUUAUAUAUUUUAAAAGAAGGAAAGGCUACGGUAUAUAUUAACGAUGAGGAGAUAAGGGUUUUAGAAAAAGGUUCCUAUUUCGGGGAAAGGGCUCUACUAUAUGAUGAACCAAGAAGUGCAACAAUCAUUGCAAAGGAACCAACUGCUUGUGCAUCCAUUUGUAGGAAAUUAUUAAAUAUUGUUUUAGGUAAUUUACAAGUUGUUUUAUUUCGUAAUAUUAUGACUGAAGCUUUGCAACAGAGUGAAAUUUUUAAACAGUUCAGUGGGGAUCAAUUAAACGAUUUAGCAGAUACCGCCAUUGUUCGAGAUUAUCCAGCUAAUUAUCAUAUAUUACAUAAGGAUAAAAUAAAAUCCGUUAAAUAUAUAAUUGUAUUAGAAGGUAAAGUAGAAUUAUUCCUUGAUGAUACAUCUAUUGGUAUAUUAUCGAGAGGAAUGUCUUUUGGAGAUCAAUAUGUAUUAAAUCAGAAACAAACAUUUAAACAUACUAUUAAAUCAUUAGAAGUUUGUAAAAUUGCAUUAAUAACAGAAACAUGUUUAGCUGAUUGUUUAGGAAAUAAUAAUAUUGAUGCAUCAAUUGAUUAUAAUAAUAAAAAAAGUAUUAUUAAGAAAAUGUAUAUCUUUAGAUAUUUAACUGAUAAACAAUGUAAUUUAUUAAUCGAAGCUUUUAGAACGACAAGAUAUGAAGAAGGAGAUUAUAUAAUACAAGAAGGAGAAGUAGGAUCUAGAUUUUAUAUUAUUAAAAAUGGAGAAGUAGAAAUAGUAAAAAAUAAAAAAAGGUUACGUACAUUAGGAAAAAAUGAUUAUUUUGGAGAAAGAGCUUUAUUAUAUGAUGAACCAAGAACAGCUUCUGUUAUAAGUAAAGUAAAUAAUGUUGAAUGUUGGUUUGUUGAUAAAAGCGUAUUUUUACAAAUUAUUCAAGGACCUAUGUUAGCACAUUUGGAAGAAAGAAUAAAAAUGCAAGAUACUAAAGUAGAAAUGGAUGAAUUAGAAACAGAAAGAAUUAUUGGUAGAGGUACAUUCGGGACAGUUAAAUUAGUUCAUCAUAAACCAACAAAAAUAAGAUAUGCAUUAAAAUGUGUUAGUAAAAAAAGUAUUAUUAAUUUAAAUCAACAAAACAAUAUAAAAUUAGAAAGAGAAAUAACAGCAGAAAAUGAUCAUCCAUUUAUUAUAAGAUUAGUAAGAACAUUUAAAGAUUCAAAAUAUUUUUAUUUUUUAACAGAAUUAGUUACAGGUGGAGAAUUAUAUGAUGCUAUUAGAAAAUUAGGAUUGUUGUCUAAAUCACAAGCUCAAUUUUAUUUAGGUUCUAUCAUUUUAGCUAUUGAAUAUUUACAUGAGAGAAAUAUUGUAUAUAGAGAUUUAAAACCAGAAAAUAUUUUAUUAGAUAAACAAGGUUAUGUAAAACUAAUCGAUUUUGGUUGUGCUAAAAAGGUACAAGGUAGAGCUUAUACAUUAGUAGGUACUCCUCAUUAUAUGGCACCUGAAGUUAUUUUAGGAAAAGGUUAUGGAUGUACUGUUGAUAUAUGGGCAUUAGGAAUAUGUCUAUAUGAAUUUAUAUGUGGUCCAUUACCAUUUGGUAAUGAUGAAGAAGAUCAAUUAGAAAUAUUCCGUGAUAUAUUAACAGGGCAACUUACAUUUCCAGAAUAUGUUACAGAUACAGAUAGUAUAAAUUUGAUGAAAAGACUUUUAUGUAGAUUACCUCAAGGAAGAAUUGGUUGUUCAAUAAAUGGUUUUAAAGACAUAAAAGAUCAUCCAUUUUUCUCAAACUUCAAUUGGGAUAAAUUAGCUGGUCGUUUGCUUGAUCCUCCUUUAAUAUCAAAAUCUGAAACGUAUGCAGAAGAUAUUGAUAUUAAACAAAUAGAGGAGGAGGACGCUGAGGAUGAUGAAGAACCACUGAAUGAUGAAGACAACUGGGACAUAGAUUUUUAA